UCCUACUGCGAGGCACUGCUAACACACAGAGUAGCGUUUCUGUUCAUUACAAAGAAUAGCUCCGACAGGAGACAGACCUACUUGUCACAGAAACUGCAGCACUUCACAGCCGUUUAAACUGGUCAGCUGGGACAAAAAUACUGAAGACUUACUGACCAGGGUAUUGCAAAAGGUGCCAACAAAGAAGAUAAAAAGUCUGGCUGUGAAGUGAUGGGUUUUUCUACGAGAAGAGGACCAAACAGCUAAUUGGAAAUGCAAUGCUUGGUGGGCCAAGCCUUCUGCUCUGGAGCACUGGUUCUGCUGUGUCUGAGUUUGUUCUCCUGGCAACCAAUCUCAACAGCUCCUGGAAGCCCUGAUUACCUGCAACUUGGCUGGAAGAGGCUGCUGGAGGAAGGGGAGAGCUGUGCCGACUGCCAGCCAGACGAGUGCCCCCCUCCAAGAGGAUGUUUGUCGGGGGUGGUGAUAGACCAUUGUGACUGCUGCUGGGAGUGCGCCAAUCUGGAGGGGCAGAUCUGUGACUUGGACAACACCAACCACUUCUAUGGGAAGUGUGGGGAGAACCUGGAGUGCAGGCUGGACCUUGGAGACCUGUGGGAGGAGGAGGUCCCAGAGCCUCAGUGCACCUGCGUCUCCAAUAAAGCAGUCUGUGGCUCUGAUGGCAAGACCUACCCACAGAUCUGCAAAUUCCAAGAGGCAGCCAAUGCCCAGCCUCGUGCCAACCUGACAGUGUCCCACGAGGGUCCAUGUGAAGCAGCUCCCCACAUCAUCUCACCACCCUAUGACAUAUGGAACCUGACUGGGAGGGAUGUCAUUUUUGGCUGCGAGGUCUUUGCCUACCCCAUGGCUUCCAUUGAGUGGAGAAAGGAUGGGACAGAGAUGUUUCUACCUGGAGAUGACCCGCAUAUAUCUGUUCAGUUUAGGGGUGGUCCCCAGAAGUAUGAGGUGUCAGGCUGGCUGCAGAUCCAGCGAAUUCGGCUGACGGAUGAGGGAACUUACCACUGCUAUGCAAAGAACCGACACGGGGAAGUGGCAGCAAAGGCCAGUCUAACUGUUAUCCCGCCAGACCAGAUGAAUCUGACAGCCCUUCACCUGCUUAGAUUACCCCAUCACCAAGAGGAAGACUAUUCCGACUCUGAGGACUUUGAUGACUAUUAUUAAACCAGCCUCACAGAAAUCCCCUUCAGUGUUUUCCAGUGUCUCGGACUACUCAGGUUGAAUCCUAUCAGAAAAAAAACUAUUAAUCUUGGUCCUCAUUCUAGAGCAGGAGUGAGCAAUCGAUUUCACUUUGCUAGUUACAUGCUCCUGGUGUUUCCUUCUAAACCCUAUAUUGCUAAUUUUUUGCAAGUACGGUCCUGUCGCUGCCACGUUCUGCCAAUUAGAAUUGUUUCUGAAGGUGCUUCCUGUUGCAGCACUGUAGUAACAAGAUGAGGUCUGCAAAAGAAAGCACUUGUAACAUUCCUAUUAUUUUCAGCAAACAUGAUUAGUUACAUGUGCCAUGUUGAGUGAUCCUGGUGGAUUUAUCAUGUAUGGUGGCUAAACUUGAAUUUUUUAAUUAUUCAAAGACUGGACAAUUUGUUUUGUCUGUUAUUGUAUUUCAAUGCAAGUCUAGGCUGAAACUGUCUCUGUAUGAUUUCCUCUGUCUGCCUAAAGCUUUUUUUUUCUUUUCAAUGUUACCAGAAGUGGACAUAGUAUUUCUGUGCUGUUUGCGCCAGCUUUGUUUAACAUAUUUAUUGUUUUCUUGGUAUGUACCUGUCUUUCAGAUAUGACAUAACAGUAUGGUCAGUUGUUGAUUUUACUAUUCCCAAUAUUUUUAUUAAAUAAAUAUGUAUAUGUAUUUCAAAUUGUUUUAUUUAUGUACUGCACAUAUUCAUUUUUAUUUUAAUAAAACAUAAGUGUGCUGAUUAGUGCAGUGUAAUGCAUUUACCACUAAAGUAUGGAGAUGCAUCCCACAUUUUCACAAAGAAAAAAUACUGCAACACAGUGGUUAUGUCUGGUAUUUUGUUAUAAAUUAGUAUGCAAGGUCAGAGAUUUUUAUUAGAAAAUAACUGCUACUUUUUUACUUGUUUACUUUACAUCCUUGUAUCACAACAUGCAUUUUCAUCGUAAAAGGUUUGCAUCAACAAAUGUAAUAUCAUUAGCAGAUACCAAUGAAGGCGUUAACCAAAACUGUAUCUGUUGGACUUGAGUUUACUGUGAGUUUUACCUCAGACUUUAUGAUUGCUGACAUUAAGGACACAUUUAAAACUGAAAACUGCAUAGCACAAGUUCCAACACUUUAGGGUCUAUAUGUUAUGAUCUACAAAGCACUAGGUGUAAAUGGUUCCACUCUUUCUUUCUGUAUUCAUCCUGCAGGUGAGUAGAGAGCUGUACUUUCCCUUAAUUAGUGAGUCAUGUGGAGUUGUACAUAGCAGUGUAAUCUGACACCGAUUCACCAUAGAAGGUACAUUUUUUAGUGAGUUUGUACACUGUAGUUCUUACUUUAUGUUUAUUUGUGUGGUUUCUCUUGUUACAGCCUAUAAGGUUUUCUGUUUUGCUGUUUUCUUCGUAUCUUCUCUUUUAUUUUUGCAUUGUAAGUCGUGUUUGCAGAGGUGCUUGGUUUUGAAAUUCGGAUUUGCACUAUGAUAUCAAUUGUGUGCUUUCACUGUCUGAUAGCAGUGUUGUUUGGGGUGCUGUUAUGCUCUGGCUAACACAGAAAUCCUGCACUGUGAUUGGUUAAAAUGUUCACAGCUGGAUAAUGUACAAUACCGCAGUUUCUGAAAGAGAUGUUAUUUGGGAGGCAGUGGUCCCUAGUGGUUAGAUGUUAUUUGGGAGGCAGUGGCCCCUAGUGGUUAGCAAGCAAUGAGUUCCUACAUGUCAGUCUCAUGUCAGCCUCCAACUGACACUGGGCAAGCCCUGUGCCCCCUGUUUACCACAUCGUUUCAUGCCUUAUAUUGCAGUUUAUAUUCCCCAAAUAUAUUUAUACUGUAGGUGUAAGGACACAAGCUCUUUCUCUUACUUAUAACCUGCCAAUCACUAUACUAUAUAAGCAAAUAGGCAUGCUCCUGUUCUGACUUAAAACUGUAGGACGUUAAUUGACAUAUCCAAGCUCUGCAAAAACAGAAAUGUAAAAAGGUCCUUUUACUCCUGAUCAUGUGUUGAAUAACAGUUUUCUACAUGGGGAGCUAAGGGAACAAGCUUAAAAAUGUAAAAAUUAUAUCUUUUUUUUAACUAUACAACACCACAUCUUGAGGUAAACAAGAACAUAAUCCACACAGCCAGGCUUUCAAUAUACUCCAGUUUCCCUACACCACAGCAGUGCGUUUUGGGAAAUCCAGUUCAUUAGUUUGACUUUGCUGUUUACACUGUAGCAGCUGUGCUCAAGAGUUGCACCUCUAACAGUGUCCAACUGGCAGCCAGUCUGCGUACCCAGGCCCAGUCCUUGCAGAGCUCAAGUGCUCUGAUCUGCUUGUGCUGUAAACAGUUUGGACACUCUGGAUAUAAAGCUAUUAAAACAGAUCAAUUUAUUUACUUAUUACAAAGCAUGGAGCAUAUGAGUUAAAGGAGUGAUUAAGGGGAUGCCCUUAAAUGGGAAUCAAUGAAGACAAAGGGCCUAGCUCAUAAUGGUUCCUUUAUUGUGAUCAAGGUGCAAGAAGAAAAAAAAAAGGUUUAAAGGAGAAGCUUGGGCCGCUAUCAUUUGUAUAGGUUUAUAAAUAGAACAUGUGAGACAACGAAAAGAUGUGGGGCACAUACAGUAAUGCCUGAUUUUUGGCAAACAAACAUGUUCACUAUUUCUAUACAUAUAAUAAUAUCCAUUCCCAUUAUAAUAGCUUCAGUACCGCUGCCAGUGCCAAGAUCUGAGAGCUCCUAUUUUCCCUCCUUUGGCUCUGAUUAUUCCCUAUAGAAUUCUAAGAAUUCCAGUUUGAAAGAUGAAACCAAGCCAACAAGAGGAAGCUAUUAAGAGCAUGAAAUGUGUGUCAUAUUAAGAUGGGUAAGUCCAGCUCCUGAGAGUACUGAAUUCCAUUUCUCUCACAUUUGUAAUUCCAAAGCAGUUUUGUCCCCAAAAAAGUGGCUACAUUAGACAACUAAGAAUACAUGUUUCCAAAGAGCUCCCCUUGCACUGAGCUGGUGCAGUAAACUGUCUGACUCGAGUUGGGCUAACCCUCUGUUAGUUUUUGACACAUUCUCUGGGGUUUUCAUUGUUUGCAAGGCGGACUUUGUACUGUAAUAUUUUGUACUGUGAUAUUUUGUAACAACUGUAAGUCGUCCUGGAUAAGGGCGCCUGCUAAUAAAUAAAUAAAUAAAUAAAAAAAUAAAUAAAUAAAUAAAUAAAUAACACAAAUAAUAAUAAUAACAAAGCAUCUCUGUUUCAAGCACUUUGUUUAGAGGUGUGACGGGCUAUGUGCUGAAUCGACAAUACUCUUACUUCCACCCUCUUCACUCUCAUGUACUCUUCUGGUGUCAAAAUAUCUCUCCGCUGAACCAUCUGCUGCCCAUUGUGAAUCAAGAUGCUUGUGUUAAUUGAGCUAAUUGGACCCAACAGCUCUAACACAAAUUAGAAUAUGUUUGGGCAUGCUGGGGACAUCUGGUACACUUGCAGUCUCUAAAGCCAAAGGAGAUUUUGAGAGCUUGAUUUUCAGUUUAGGGAGCCGUUAUUACGAAUUCAGACCUUGUGUUAAGAAAGUAUCCUACUGGCAUCUCAAAGCCUGCCUCUGCAUAUUAGUGCAAGUUCUUUGAUACGUUAUACCUGCAACAUGCAUAACAGCGCCCCCUACUGAUGCGAUAAGAGCUGCGACUGUCCUACCUGUUUUAAAAUGGAUUGAGGAUGCAUUUCUAAAGCAACAGCAAAGCAGUUAGAUUGUGGCAUAACAUAGUGCUGUGACUGCAGUAUAAAGACUGCAAUUUAAGAUCUUUAUAAUUCUCAGUAAAUAAAUGUUAUUAACUUGAUGUCUGU